UCCUAUAAAUUGAUUAACGUUAAAUGCUAGCUAGCUAAUGUUCGCGAAAUAGCUAGUAACGUAUGGCUUAAAUAAACUGGAAACUGCAUGAGUUGGCAUCAUUGCCAAAUCCUUUAGUUUACGUUACUGAUAUAAUACCCUCUAUAUCCUACACAACAUUGGUUCAGCUGACGUUAUCCUCCCUUCAUAGUAGCCAUCGUACGGCACUGCUAGCUUUUUUUCCUGGCUUGUAACAUUAGAUAUAUUGAAGGAAGGUUUCUAUGCCGUCUGUGAUAGCCACUGCUAGCUUGAUGCUAUAGCUGACGUUCGCUAGUUGUUUUCGCAGAGGUCUUUCUUUGCUUUUCAGUUCACAGGGGAAAAGUUCGGACAGGUAGAGAAGACUGAGCUGGAUGCCCAUUUUGAGAAUCUGCUCAGCCGUGCCGAUUCCACUAAAAACUGGACAGAGAAAAUCUUCAGGCAGACAGAGGUUCUGCUGCAGCCCAACCCAAGUGCCAGGAUUGAGGAGUUCCUGUAUGAGAAGCUUGACAGAACGGUUCCAUCCAGACCAAAUAAUGGAGAACUACUGGGUCAUUACAUGCAGGAUGCGGCUAAAGAUUUUGGACCUGGAACUCCAUAUGGUAGCACCCUGAUCAAGGUAGGUGACUGUGAGAGGAGACUAGGCGGUGCACAGAGAGAGUUCCUACAGACCUCCGCUAUCAGCUUCCUUGCCCCACUCAGGAACUUUCUGGAAGGAGACUGGAGGACCAUCUCAAAAGAGAGGCGUCUCCUGGAGAACCGCAGACUGGACCUGGACUCCAGUAAAGCACGACUGAAGAAAGCCAAACUAGCCGAGUCCAAGGCCGCGGCUGUGCCUGAUUUUCAGGAGACCAGACCCAGGAAUUAUGUCCUCUCUGCCAGUGCAUCUGCGCUCUGGAGUGAGGAAGUGGACAAAGCAGCGCAUGAACUUCGAGUGGCCCAGACAGAGUUUGACAGACAGGCAGAGGUCACACGACUCCUACUGGAGGGCAUCAGCAGUACACACGUGAACCACCUGCGCUGCCUGCAUGAGUUUGUGGAGGCACAGACAGCCUACUACAAGCAGUGUUACCUGCACAUGCAAGACCUGCAGAAAGAGCUGGGCAGUUCCAAUGGAGAUGUGUUUCCCAAUGCAUUUGCUGGUAACCCGGGUCUCUCCAUGGCCUCCAGUGGCUCCUCUCCCCAGGGGAAUGCAACCCUAACCCAGGACGCUGCCAGCGCUGUGGAGACAGACACACUGAAAAUCGAAGAGGUACAGGCCCCCGCCACGGGCACACGCAAGGCCAAGGUCCUGUAUGACUAUGACGCUGCCGACACCAGUGAGCUCUCCCUACUUGCUGACGAGCUAAUCACAGUUUACACAGUGCCAGGCAUGGACUCUGACUGGCUCGUUGGCGAGAGAGGGAACCAGAAAGGGAGAGUGCCUGUCACAUACCUGGAGCUGCUCAGCUAAAGAAACUACACUCAGAGAAAUACAUGGACACACACACACACAAUUGCACUCACAAGCCUUCAAACAUGCAGACGUUGAUGAAUUCAAACAAGUAAACACACCCACUGUACAUUCUGUACGCACCAGGACUGCA